AUGCAAAACAGAGUCUUCAAUGAUAAAUCCUUGAACAGAACACGGGAGAACGGCGGAGACAAUGGCCACAACACAACAUUAAAGCAAGACAAGGGAACUGAGGAAAACACAGGGCUUAAACACAUGGUACGUAAUCAGGGAGAACUGAAACAGGGUCUGGGCACUGAUGAGGAGAGUCUUAUUGAAAUGGUCUGCUCUCGCAAUAAAGAAGAGCUCAUGGAAAUCAAGAAGCAACAGCUGUGUUUAAGUGACUAUCUGAACUCAUCAAGAGGAGUCCUUUAUCAGACAUUCUGUGAUAUGACCACUGCGGGCGGCGGCUGGACGCUGGUGACCAGUGUUCAUGAAAACUACAUGAAUGGAAAGUGCACUGUUGGAGAUCGCUGGUCUAGUCAGCAGGGCAGUGACCCAAACCGGCCUGAUGGUGACGGGACGUGGGCAAACACAGUCACGUUCGGAACAGCAGAAGCUUCUACAAGUGAUGACUAUAAGAAUCCCGGAUACUAUGACAUUGCAGCAAAAGAUGUGUCUGUGUGGCAUGUUCCUAAUAACGCUGAUUUGGAGCAGUGGUCACCUACCUCCCUCUUGCGAUACCACACUGAAAAUCACUUCUUAAACCUCUACGGAGGAAACCUUUUCAAUUUAUUUAAGAAAUUCCCUGUGAGGUUUGGAGUAGGGGCCUGCAUCACUGAUAAUGGACCUGCUAUUCCAAUAGUGUAUGAUACCGGAAAUGUGGAUUUCAACAAAAAUCUGUAUGGUCCCCAUUCAAGAAGUAUGGCAAUACUUCUAGAGCCAGAGCCCGGAUUCAUCACAUUCAGAGUCUUUAACACUGAAAGGGCAGCCUUGGCUCUUUGUUCAGGCGUCAAACCGACCGGCUGUAACUCUGAACAUUUCUGUAUUGGUGGAGGUGGACACUUUCCUGAGGGCGCCCCUAGACAGUGUGGGGACUUUGCGAGCUUCGACUGGGAUGGCUAUGGUACUAAUGCAGGAUGGAGUGCUUCCAGAGAGAUAACUGAAGCAGCUGUGCUGCUGUUUUAUCGCUGACACCCUGAUCAGUCUAAAAUCGCCAGCUUCCUUCCCUUCUU